AUGUCUACACCAACAACAUCGACACAAGUCGCGCUCAAGAACUCACCACCAGGUUUCAUUAACCCAAAUUUCGGUGAGUCUGAUUCGACUUUUGAAAUCAAGCAACGCCCAAUUGAGCCUUUGAAAGAUGGACAAUUAUUGGUAAAAAUUUUGUUAAUUUCAAAUGACCCCACUCAAAGAGGUUGGAUUAGAGCCAAGGACUCAAAACAAAGAUACUACGUUCCUCCUGUUGAAAUUGGUGCCCCAAUGGAAUCGUUGGCAAUUGCUGAAGUCAUUGAGAGUAAGUCAAGCAAAUAUGCAAAAGGAGAUUUGGUUAAUGGUAAGUUUUAUUGGGCCGAUUACAUUGUUGUCUCGGAUGCUACUGUUUUCAACAAGAUUGACAAAUCUUUGGGUUUCCCAUUGGAAUUUUACGUUUCUGUUUUGGGAAUGACUUCUUUGACUGCCUUCUUUGGUUUGACCGAAGCUGGUGAAAUGAAGAAAUUCUUGACCGAAAAACCAGAAAAACCUUAUACCUUGUUGGUUUCUGCUGCUUCUGGUGCUACUGGUUCAGUUGUUGUUCAAAUUGCUAAACAUGUCUUGGGUGCUGACAAGGUCAUUGGUAUAUCUGGAUCAGAUGAGAAGUGCAGAUGGGUUGAAAGUUUGGGUGCUGAUUUGUGUGUCAACUACAAGGAAGAAAACUAUCAAAAACAAAUUGAUGAGUUCCUUGGUGAUGGUUUGGUUGAUUACUAUUUCGACAAUGUUGGUGGAUCUAUUUUGGACUACGCUUUGACCAAAAUGAAUAAAUUUGGUCAUGUUAUUUCAUGUGGAUCCAUUUCCACCUACAACUCUAAAGGUGACAACUCGGCGCCUGGAAUCAAGAACUGGGGUGAACUUACUGUCAACUCAUUGACUGUUAAAGGUUUCAUUGUCAGUGACUACUUCCCAAAAUUCGAACAAGGAUUCCAACAUUUGGGUAAGGCUGUCAAAGAAGGUAAGAUCAAAGCUCAAGGUGCCUACCAUGUCGACACUUUGACUGGUGAUACUCCUGAAAAGAAAUUGGAACAAAUUCCAAAGAUCUGGAACCAAUUGUUUGUUGGUGAGAAACCAAAUGGUAAGUUGAUUACCAAAGUAGCUUAA